UGACGUUGCGCCAUAACUACGCAUAUAACGCUGUUAUUAGUUAGUGUACGAUCAAACUUUGUGCGUACCGUUUGUUUUUAACAGUAAAUAAACAUUUAAAAUGUACUGUAUUAUAGCUACAGUUAUAUGUCUCUUGUACGUCUUCUGGGAUGUGAACUAUUUCCUUCGAGUAGCAUUCACUAUUGGAAUCGGUAGACUUUUCCAGAAGAAAUGCGGUAUUAACGAUACCACAACUAUUUACGGUUUGUGCACAACUCAGGAUGUCGACAUAUUUCUAAAGCAUAUGAAUAACGCGAGAUAUGUGAGAGAACUUGACUUUGCACGUUUCCACUUCUACGAUAGAACCGGCAUAUAUGAGAACUGCACCAAAGUAGAUGGCCAUGUUCUACAAGGGGCUUCCAGCAUUCGGUAUAGAAGGACAAUUCCCAUCUUCACUGUUUACAAAGUGGAAACUAAACUGGUCUACUGGGAAGAAAAGACCAUCUUCAUCGAGCAGAAGUUCACAACGAUUAACGACGGUUUCGUCCGAGCCGUGGUUCUUUCUCGUCAGAAUUUGCUCAACAUAGACUCAGACACUCUCUUCAGGGGUAUUCCUGGUGCUGACCAGAAACCCGAAUGUCCUGAGGAAAUUAAACAUUGGCUGCAAGCUAUUGAAAUCUCUAGUGCUAAGCUUAGAAAAAAGGAGUAGGGAUUUAACUCAGUAGCUUACUUAGGGCUAAGUAUUUAUUAUAAAAAUAUACAUUUUUGAUUUGCCUCUAAUAUAUGGUAUAUUUUGUAAAAGGUUCGACGGUGUUCGGUUCGGAAGAAAAUUCAUAUACAUAUUUAGUUGUAGAGCUUUCUUAAAGUGAAGUCAAUGAAGAAGGAGGUUAUAAGUUUGGCUGUGUGUAUGUUUUGUGUAUAUUGUCCGAUUUCUUCGAUUGUGGCCCGAUUUUGAAAAUUCUUUUUUGUUUGAAAGGAUGCACUCUCGAGGUGGGCUCAUUGACACCAAGUCAGAAUCUGAUGAGGAUGCCACGAAAAUCGAGCGAAAUCCUCAAAUUGUAUAUAGAUCGAUUUCUUCGUCAAUUGUGUUGAGAUUUUGAAAAUUGUUUUUUUGUUUGAAAGUGUGCACUCUCGAGGUUGAAGAGGAGAAGAGAAAAAUGAUUACAUGUAUUGUUAUGGUUUGGAUUAAAUCUCUACUUUGCUUUUGUUUCGCCAUUUAGUGUAGUGACUGUUAGUGGCUUUUGAAGUUCGUUAAAUUUUUUAAAAGUUUUUACGUACCAUAUAACAUCAUUGAGUGAAGUUAAAGUAGUUUUUUUAAUGGUGAUGUAAGGAACACAGUACAUAGUCACAUGAUUGGUAUUUACUUUUCUAGU